GGCUGCACAUUAGGACCCCAUCUCAGAAAACUAGACUAAUACAUAUAUAGUAAAUAUUACUACAAGUGAAUUAUUGAACAUUUUCUGAUGACAAUCAAAAAUGAGAUGAGGAUGCCCACUCUGGCUAUUACCAAGAUUCUAUGACCAGUCUCAACCAGAGGAAUAAGGUAAAAAAGAAGUAAAAGCCACAACAGAAGGAAUAAAUUUAUAUUUUUAAAUUAUACAAUUAUAUGCAUAAAACCCAUGAAGAUGCUGCAAUCAGAAGUGAUAAGUGAAGUCAGGAAUGUUGGUAGAUGCAAAGUCAACAUGUAAGAAAAAUGAAGAAAAAGUGAAAAAAUUAAAGCAUUUAAGGCUUACAAAUAUAGAAAUGCUUAGAAACAAAUCUAGUGAGAGAGUUGUAAAGCAGGAAUAUAUAACAUUAUUGAGAAAAAUAAAAAGAUUUUAGUAAAUUGAGGAAUACACAGCCUAUUGGAAAGACUCUGUGAUUGGAAUGAUGUUUAUCUUUCAAACAAUAGAAAAUUUAAAAUAUCAAGCAAAAACUUCAACAUUCUUUGUGAAUUUGAUGAGCUGAACAUAUGCUUUGUAUUUAUAUGCAAAGAGAAAAUAAUAAAGCAAUCUUAAUCCAAAAUAAACCUGUAUAUACUGUAACAGUAGUGUAAUACCUGGAAGAAAGAAUUGAUAGUGUAGAUUUCAUUCAAAUUAAAAUUUCUGCUCUGCUGAGUUCCAGGAUAGGCUCCAAAGCUACACAGAGAAACCCUGUCUCGAAAACAACAACAACAAAAUUCUGCUCUGCAAAAGAUUCUACAAUGAAAAAUUAAAAAAUGAAACAAAAACAGCUCAUAGACCAGCAGAAAAUGCUGCCAGCAGAUGUGUUUGGUAAAAGGCAGCUGUUCAAAAUAUGUAAAGACUUUCAAGACUCACCAUUGACAAAUCAUGUAAAAAAUAUACCGAAGAUCCUAACACUAAACAAGACUCGGAGAUGGCAAAUAAGCACAGGGGAAGAGACUCCAUAUGGAUGUCAUUAGGCAAAUGCAAGUUCAAAUAACAAUGAGACAUCACUACACAGCCAUAAGACAGAAUAGCCAUACUCCAGGACACUGAUGCUACCAACACCCGAGGAGGACAUGAAGCACCAAGGAUCCUUAUUCAUGGAUCCUGGGAAUGAAAAUGGUAUCGCCAUUUUAGAAGAUAGUUUGGCAGCUUCCUGCAAAACCAAGAACAUUCUUAUUAUGUCAUCCAGGAAUCAUUUUUUUGUAUUUGUCAAAUUAACCUAAAGCAUAAGUCCACAAAAAAAAUAACUGGGAUAGGGUGUUUGUUUCAACCUUUUACAUCACUUGUCAAAACCUGGCAGUGACCAAGAUCCUCAGUAAGUGAAAGUGACAAAGUCUGAUGCAAUUACAGAAUGGAACAUUAUUCCAUACCGAGCAAAAUGAGCUAUCAAUCCAUGAAUAGGCAUUGAGGAAACUUAAACACAUGGUCAUCACAGAAGCAAAGCUGUAAAACUCUUAAUAAAGAACAUUUUGAAAAGGCCAAAGCAGGCAGACAGCAAGAAAGAUAAAUGAUGGUGGCACCCCCCUUUAACACUAGCACUCAGGAGGCAGAGGCAAGUGGAUCUCUGAGAUUGAGGCCAGCCUGGUCUGCAGAGUGAGUUCCGGGAUAGCCAGGGCUACAUGGAAAAACCCUGUCUCGACAAACAAACAAAUAAAAGAGACACAUGAUUUCCAGAGAUUCCAAAAAAGGGAAAGGAAGAUUAAAUAAAUAGCUUUCGAAGAUUUGAAGUCAGGGAAACUACUUUGUGGUACUCUAAAAUGGAUGCACACUAUGAAAAACUUAACCAAAUCUACAUAGUGUAGAGUACACAGAAUGAAUCCCAAUUAAAGUGAUGGACUCAGGGAAACAUGUGUCAAUACUGAAGCUCAAGUAGUUAUAAGAAGCAUACCACUCUGGAGGGGACAACAGGGAAGAACGUUGUGCUCAGCUGUGGAAAUUCUCUGUGUCUUUAGUCAUUUUUUCUGUGGAUUUAAAAUCCAUCUUUUCAGAGGAAAACUUACCCUGAAGACAAUAAGACCUGUUAUAGACUUUUGAUAAGUAAGAGAGCAUAUGAUUGUUUGAUAUUCAAAGACAAAUGGAACCUUGGAACUGAUUCAGGAUCACCUGACUUAUGACAAGUGUAACAGCUCAGAAUGGAUCAUCUUUUCAGUUCAGAAUGCAAAGGCAUUUGGGAACAUAUGCGCUUGAGAGAGUUUACAUUGAUUAUACCUUUAAAUGUGAGAAAUAAAACAAUCAUUCAAAAUACACAAGACUUCAUUGAGUAUGGAAAGAUUUAAAAUAGGAGAAAAGUGUUACACAGAAAUGGAAAAUAUUGAUAGAUCAUGUUAAGUUAAAAUUACUAACUUUGUUUCUCAAAGACACUGUAAGUAAGAAGGUUAAAAUAGAAGGCAUAGUGUAGGGAAAUUAUUUGCAAUAUACAUAUCCAAAACGGAAUUAUACUAAGAAUAAAGAUUCUUCUGUAGACUAACAAGCCAUUGGACAAAUGCCUCAGAUAAAAACAUGAAUAAAAGGCCUCAUGCUAAGAAAGCAUCUCAAUGGUCAAUAAACAUGUGAAAGUUUGCCUUAUUUCAUUAAUCACCCAGGAAAUGCUAAUAAAAUAUACACGAUGACAUCCAUUCUCACUAGAGUGGUUAAAACUGGAAAGACAGCAUCAAAUGUUGACAAGAUUAUGGAGCAACUGGAAUUCCUAUGCGUUGCUGGAAUUAUUUUUCCACAUUGCUGGGAAUGGAUCCCAAUCCACUGAGUGCACUAGGCAAGCAUUCUAUUAUUGAGCUGCAUCUCCAUCCACAGCUCUUAAAGAAAUCUCUUUGAGACUGUGACUCAUGAUAUACCCACUCUGGCCUUCAGUUUGUGAUACCCUUUUGUGUGUGUUCCCAGAGAUGGGACUACAGGGAUGAGCUACCAGCUGCAGCUCAGGACAACUACCUUUGAACACUACUUCACAGUGCUUGUCAAGGUUAAAUCUAUUUUCACACUUUGAUGCACAACAAAUAGCUUUGAUACAUAUAAUAUACACAUAUGUUAUACACAGGAUGUGUGAAAGAUUGUUCAUAGGAGUAACAUUCAAAAUUCAAAUGGUGGCACAGGCCUUCAAUCCCAGCACUUGGAAAGCAGAGGCAGGCAGUUCUGUGAGUUCAAGUUCGGCUUAGCCUGUAUAGUGAGCUCCAGGACAUCCAGGACUAUGUAGAGAGAUCCUGUCUCAAAAACAAAACAAACCCCCAACAAAACCCAAGCCAACCAAACAAACUGCACAUAAAACUCACACCUGGAAACCACAAUGUUGCUUUUCUGGAGUAGAUGCAAACAAAUAACUACAUGAGCAUAUGAAGGAAUGUACAAAACAAUGAAAAGACCAGGUCAAGAUCAGCUUACCAAAGAAAAUGACAGCGAAGAACAAUCGCACAACAGAUAGAGAUUCUACUGGAACCACUUUAUAAAACUGGUAAGAAAGGCAGAAUAUCCCAUGGCAAUACAAGUGAAGUGCUCAGGAGGAGAGGAGAGUAGCAACUAACGAAUGGCAGGGGAUCAUUAUUUGUUUACACACAAGCAAUUUAAUCGUCUAGAUUCUGUUUAUUACUUGGCGACUCUUUGUUGUUCUGUACACUUAAGAAUAAUGCUAAUUUUUAUAUGUAUGUAGCAUUUCGGUGAAAAGUAACUGAGAAUAUUCAAAUAUUUUGUGGAUAUCCAUUGCAUUUAAUUUAUGUAUUCAAAACCUCUUUUGAUCAAUAUGCCAUUUUGAUAAUUUAAAAAGUUAUGUUCAGUGAAAAUUAAAUCAGCAAAUGUGCUAGAACUUCUGGUUGCUGAGAUUGGAACAUUCAAUGGAGGAUGCUUCUUAUCGUUGUUUUUCUUUUUUAUUAUAAAUUUUUAUGAUCUUAUUUUAAAUAUCUAUCCCAGUUCCCUCUUCCUCCCAUCCUCCCAUAUCUCCCACCAACCACCCCAUAAUAUAUCUUAAAGAGUGUUUAAACACAGCAGUGCUGGAACUGAGAACAAAGUGGACUACACUGUGUGCAACACUAGAAAAGUACGCACGGUGGCGCUGCAGACUAACAAUUUGUGUAACAAGGGACUCAAAGGAUAAGCCGGAAGUUCUUCCCGGGAAUCAGAAUGCUGACUGUUCCUGAAAUAAGGGGGCAUUUGCAUGAGAUCCAGGACAAUGGACUCCUAUAAGCAAAUUAUUAAGAUGUAAUUCAAGGUUAUUUCACAAAACCUUAUCUGUGUGGAUUAAAACUGACUAGAAGCAGCACCAUCUGAACUGCAUCUGAACAAUGGAGACAGCUCUAGCAAAAACGCCAGGAAAAAGGCAAGUAGCUUUUCUCAUUAUAUUGUUGCUUUUGUGGGAGGCUGGCUCUGAGGCAAUUAGAUAUUCCAUGCCAGAAGAAACAGAGAGUGGCUACUUGGUGGCUAACCUGGAAAAAGAUCUGGGGCUCAGGGUGGGGGAGCUGGUCUCUAGAGAGGCACGAAUCCAUCACAGAGGAAACAAAGAGCUCUUGCAGCUGGAUGCAGAGAUUGGGAAUUUAUUUGUAAAGGAAAAACCAGAUCGCGAGGAGCUGUGUGGGGUGACAGAACCCUGUCUGCUGCACUUCCAGCUCAUACUGGAAAACCCUGUGCAGUUCUUCCAAACUGACCUGCAGCUCACAGACAUAAACGACCAUUCUCCAGAGUUCCCUCACAGAGAAAUGCUCCUGAAAAUUCAAGAAAGUGCCCAGCCAGGGACUGUGUUUCCUCUGAAGGCAGCUCAGGACUCUGACAUAGGGAGCAAUGCUGUUCAGAACUACACAGUCAGCUCCAACCUCCAUUUCCAUGUGGUCACUCUCAGUCGAGCUGAUGGCAGGAAAUACCCAGAGCUGGUGCUGGACAGAGCUCUGGACAGGGAGGAGCAGCCUGAGCUCACUUUAACCCUCACUGCUGUGGAUGGAGGGUCUCCGCCCAGGUCUGGGGCGACCACAGUUCGCAUUGAAGUCGUGGACAUCAAUGAUAACGCCCCCCAGUUUGUACAGUCGCUCUAUGAGGUUCAGGUCCCUGAGAACAGCCCUGUCGAUGCUUUAGUUCUGACAGUCUCUGCCAUGGAUUUAGAUGCUGGGAUACAUGGGAAUGUAGUCUACUCUCUGUUUCAAGGCGGUGGAGCUUCUCAACCAUUUGCAAUACACGGGGUCACAGGAGAAAUCCGUCUGAGCAAAGAGUUGGAUUUUGAGGUAACUAACCAUUAUAACAUAGAAAUUGCAGCCACAGAUGGAGGUGGCCUUUCGGGGAAAUGCACUGUGGCUGUACAGGUGUUGGAUGUGAAUGACAAUGCCCCAGAGCUGACUAUCAGAAAGCUCACAAGCCCUAUCCCAGAAAACUCCCUGGAGACUGUAGUUGCUGUUUUCAGUGUUUCUGACCCAGAUUCCGGGGACAAUGGAAGGGUGGUGUGUUCUAUUCAGAACGAUCUCCCAUUUCUCUUAAAACCCACUUUCAAGAACUAUUACACUUUAGUGACAGAGGGACCACUGGACAGAGAGAGCAGAGCUGAGUACAACAUCACCAUCACAGUCACCGACCUGGGCACACCCAGGCUCACAGCCCAGCACACCAUAACAGUGCAGGUCUCCGAUGUCAACGACAACGCCCCCGCCUUCACACAAACCUCCUACACCCUGUUUGUCCAGGAGAACAACAGCCCCGCCCUGCACAUAGGCACCAUCAGCGCCACAGACUCAGACUCAGGCUCCAAUGCCCACAUCACCUACUCGCUGCUGCCCACCCACGACCCGCAGCUGGCCCUCUCCUCGCUCAUCUCCAUCAAUGCAGACAACGGGCAGCUGUUCGCGCUCAGGGCGCUGGACUAUGAGGCCCUGCAGACCUUCGAGUUCCGCGUGGGCGCCACAGACCAAGGUUUGCCUGCGCUCAGCAGUCAGGCUCUGGUGCGCGUGCUCGUGCUGGACGCCAAUGACAAUGCGCCCUUUGUGCUCUACCCUCUGCAGAACGCGUCUGUGCCCUACACAGAGCUGCUGCCCAGGGCGGCAGAGCCAGGCUACCUGGUCACCAAGGUGGUGGCUGUGGACCGCGACUCAGGCCAGAAUGCCUGGCUGUCCUUCCAGCUGCUCAAGGCCACGGAGCCUGGGCUGUUCACCGUGUGGGCUCACAAUGGCGAGGUGCGCACCUCCAGGCUGCUGAGUGAGCGCGAUGCUCCCAAGCACAGGCUGCUGCUGCUGGUCAAGGACAAUGGAGAUCCUCCUAGGUCUGCCAGUGUCACUCUGCAUGUGCUGGUGGUGGAUGGCUUGUCUCAGCCCUACCUGCCUCUGCCUGAGGUGGUGCGCGAAUCUUCACAGGAGGAAGACGCGCUCACUCUGUACUUGGUCAUCGCCUUGGCAUCUGUGUCUUCGCUCUUCCUCUUGUCUGUGCUGAUGUUUGUGGGAGUGAGGCUGUGCAGGAGGGCCAGGGCGUCCUCUCUGAGUGGCUGCUCUGUGCCUGAGGGUCACUUUCCUGGUCACCUGUUGGAGGACAGGGGGGAGGGGACCCUGUCCCAGAACUACCAGUAUGAAGUGUGUCUGAGAGAAGGCUCUGGGACUGGUGAGUUCAACUUCCUCAAACCCAUGAUCCCUAACCUUUUGCUUCAGGAUGCUGGGAGAGAAAGUAAGGAAAGUCCCCACUACAGGGAUAGUUUUCUAUUCAGUUAAGCAUUCAAAGCAGUCCUAUGUAUCUUAAGAAAUAACAUUCUAGCUUUUAUGCAAGAAGUUUAAAGGCUACAACCUGUUUUCAAAAUACUGCAUGUGUACAUGUGUCCAACAGCUGUCACUUUUCCUACUGGCAUUAAGCACGGUCCGGUUGUCAUUAUCCCACAUGUUUAGUUUGUGCUUUCCUCAUAUUUCGGUGACGUUGGUGACAAUCUUCUCAUAUCUACAAAUAACUCAAAUAGCAUAAAAUUUGUUUUAAUUACUUUCUCCUUUAAGGCUAAUAAGAAAAUUUGAACUUUUGUAUUAUUGUGUCACCUGUUUUUUCCUUAUACCUUUUUCUUUUUAAGGCUAGGAUGCUUAGUUUUUUUAUUUGACAUUAGCCUACUUAUGUCUGCCAAAUUCUUAUCAUGAUGUCCUUCAUUGGAAUAAUUGCAUACUUGUUUUAUUUAUGUGCCUGCAAGUGUUCCAAAAAUAUCAAGGUUACAAUUUUCCAUUAAUUUGUUAUUUCUUUCAUGAAAUAAAAAUUUAAAAAGCAAUA